AUGCCGGCUUUAUUGGGUAUGCUUGUUAUGGGUGCCGUCCUUAGGAACUGUCCUCCCAUUGACAUCGCUAAUAACAUCGAAGAAAAAUGGUCAUCCAGUUUGAGGACCAUCGGGCUGGUGAUCAUUCUCGUCCGGGCUGGGCUGGGGUUGGACCCAGGCGCUCUGAAAAAACUUUCCCUGGUGGUUGUCCGUCUCGCCUUCACCCCGUGUCUGGUGGAGGCGACAACAAUCGCUGUGGCUUCCAACCUUAUUGUGGGAUUUGAAUGGCCUUGGGCUUUCAUGCAAGGCUUUGUUAUCGCUGCUGUCUCUCCAGCCGUGGUGGUACCGGAGAUGCUGAAGCUGGUUGUCCGCGGGUACGGGAUACAACAGGGCGUGCCCACUCUGGUAAUAGCAGCCUCAAGUAUAGACGACGUCCUGGCACUCACUGGAUUCAGCCUUUCUUUGGUUCUGGCCUUCGCAACGGGUAAUAUCGCAGACACCGUGACUAAGGGGCCACGUGAGGUGAUAUCUGGAGUGAUUGUUGGAAUCCUGUAUGGCCUACUGAUGUGGUAUAUACCUAACAAGAGAAACAACCACCGCACAAUCUUGAGAUUCUUCAUGUUGAUGGGAGGCGCCAUUUUGUUUGUGUUCGGGACGGAAGACGCGUCCCUCCAAUCUGCUGGACCAAUCGGCUGUCUCACGGCGGCGUUCGUGGCUGCGUACAAAUGGCGGAAACAAGGCUGGAAGGGCACAACGAACCCGAUGAAUGACGCUAUGGGGGUUGCCUGGAAUAUCUUUGAGCCUUUGAUGUUUGGCCUCAUCGGAGCAGUGGUUGAAGUUAAAAAUUUGGAUGCCAAAACCGUCGGUUUAGGCUGUGCAGUGAUCGGGAUUGGAUUACUUCUGAGAAUUGUCACCACCUUUUGUGUCAUUUCCUUCGCUGGGUUCACCUUCAAAGAGAAACUAUUCAUCGUGUUUUCAUGGUUGCCAAAAGGAACAGUACAGGCUGCGAUAGGUUCUGUGGCAUACGACACAGCUGUGAGAUUGAAUAAAGGAGAAUCGGCAAAAGCCGAAGGUUUGGAGAUUAUAACGUUGGCUGUCUUGUGUAUUUUGCUGACGGCCCCCGUAGGAGCGUGGUUAAUGGCAGUCACAGGACCCCGACUUCUACAACGCGCAGAUACCAACCCUCUGGAUGACGUCAGCGAAGAGGAGGACAGCGAGGCGGAAGCGGAAGACGAUGAGGAAACAGGGGGAGCAACCUUCCCGAUGAAUGACAGGACAGUGACAGGGGAAACAAAUCCCGGAUUCCUACAGGAGAGCGAAGCAGCAACGAACACGAAAACUGAAAACACCGUGGAUAGCCGAUUGUGA